AUGAGCAGCCUCAUUGGCGAGGAGGCUCUGCUCCAAGCAAAGGCUGAAAUCGUGGCAGGUCCAGAAACUGACACCCAAUUCCAUUUCACUGGUAUCAAAAAAUAUUUCAACUCUUAUACUCUCACAGGGAGAAUGAAUUGUGUACUGGCCACGUAUAGAGGCAUUGCUUGGAUAGUCUUAUACUUCAAGUUAAGGUCCAAAAAAACUCCAGCUGUGAAAGCCACAUAA